UUUUCCGUCGCUCGCCCGUGCACCGCUCAUCCCGUACCGAAAGGCUCCGGAGUGGUCGCGUUUGUCAAGAGCAGGGCACCGGCCAUCUGCUGAAUUCCGCGUCGUUCGGUUUGCUGGCGACGUGCCCUGUGCAACGUUUAACACCUGCUUGUAGGUGUGGUGAUCUUGUUCUAACUUGGAAGCACACGCCAAGUCAUCAAAAAUGGGCACGAAAGUGGACGCAGUCGAUGUCAACAAACAGAUCAAGCAUAUGAUGGCCUUUAUAGAACAGGAGGCCAAUGAAAAGGUUGAGGAAAUUGAUGCAAAGGCUGAGGAGGAGUUUAAUAUUGAGAAGGGGCGUCUAGUUCAUCAGCAGCGAAUCAAGAUCCAAGAAUACUAUGACAAACGUCUGAAGCAAGUCAACCUUCAGAAGAAAAUUCAGAACUCGAACCUGCAGAACCAGGCACGCCUGAAGGUGCUCAAGGCGCGCGAGGACCACGUGUACGGCGUGGUUGAGGAGGCUCGCCGCCGACUCGGCCAGAUCACCAGUGACCCGGAUCGCUACGCCGUGGUGCUGCAGGCGCUCAUCAUGCAGGGUCUAUACCAGCUGCUGGAGCCGCAGGUCACGGUGCGGUGUCGCCAGGCCGAUGUCGGUGUGGUGCAGAGCGUGCUGGAGGCUGCCAUGGCCCAGUAUCGCGAGGCCACCAAGGGAAAGACCUGCCAAGUCAAGCUGGAUGAUGUGUUCCUGCCAGCCAAUGUGUGCGGCGGGGUGGAGAUGCACACCAAGGGUAAUCGCAUCAAGGUGACCAACACGCUGGAGUCGCGGCUGGACCUGCUCAGCGGCCAGAUGCUGCCCGAGGUCAGAACUGCUCUGUUCGGCCGCAAUAUCAACCGCAAGUUCGACGACUAGGCCACACUUCGCAGCUGCCACCAUCCGCAGCGCCGCGUCUGCCGGAGGUGUUGGUGUUCGGCAGUUUUUACGGGGUGGUACGACCUUCGCUCCCGUGGUUCGACCCAGCCCGCCACGGCUCGUAACCCAGCGAUGCUCCCCCGGUGUCGCCGCCUCUGCGGUCCGCCACUGAUGUCUCUGCGUGUGUGUGUGUGUGUACGUGCUUGUGUGUGUAGAUACGCGCCAUCAGUCGGCCGAUAUGUGAUGUAUUAUGUCUAUAGCCGCUCCCGCGAGAUUGGUGAAUACACAGAUCCAUUCUUAGAGGGAUGAAUGACAUCGAUUGAUUACAAACUGUACAGUGGAGUUGCGAGGUACAUCACGCGUACAUGGGAGCAGUACUUUUGACCUUAUUGCUCGCUGAUAGAUGGCAAAGGGAAAAUGGAGAUAUACUGAUACUUCGGUUGUAAACCUUUAUCGUAAUAGUGCAUCGAUGCGCGGUUAAGUCAAACCUGCCGAGACUGGCUGAAGUCAGCCAGCGGAAGCACGUACACUGUUUCGAAAGACUUGUAGCUGAAAUAUCGAUGCAUCUGUAUUUUUCACUUUAUCAUCUGUCAGUAAGAAAUAAGGCCUGCAGCACUGGUCUUACAUGGUUAAUGGGAUAUGAUAUUGUAUCGAGAUGUGCCGCGUGCGUGGAAUCGUCCAGCCAUGAAUAUAUGUAUAAAUUACAGAUAUUGCGUAGACAGAAUAUACAGGUAAUGGAA